AGAAAGUACUGAUAGAUGAAUUUGAAAAGAAGAAAAGGGUGCGGUCUAUUGUAGUUCCAACGUCUGAUUCUGAAGUGAAAGCAAAACUAAGAGAAAUGGGACAACCUAUUUGUUUGUUUGGCGAAGGACCAGCUGACAGAAGAGAGAGACUAAGACUUCUUGUCGCUCAACUUGCCGAGAGAGGUAUCAAGGUUAGUUUAGAGCAGAAGCAGGUGUCACAAACCAUGGAUACUAAUGAAGAGGCCAUUGAUGAAGACUCUGUUUGGUAUCACGAAGGAACUGCCGAACUAUUAUCAGCUAGAUACUGGAUCACUGAGUACUCCAUGCCCAGGGCAAGGGAAAGGUUAGUUCAGGCAAGGCUAGAGGCUAAAAGACCCGGACCGGAAAAAGCUGCAAAGAAACAAGAACUGCAUAGGAAACUACGAGACAUGACUAACAUAUGCAGUCAGGUUGGUGACACUAGACCAGUAUCUUAUUGUGAAUUCUCACCUGAUUCUAAAAUGCUGGCCACUUCCUCUUGGUAAGGAAUUAAAGAUAAAUAUAAUCUAUUCUAGCAUACAUUGUUU